GACGGACGGACGGACAGACGGAGUGGUCUGCGGGAGAUCGGAGGUACGCGGAGCCCUCUCCCUGCGGGCGGGCGCGGCGCGGGAGGACGCGGGGCGCACGGACCCGCCGCCCUGAGCCAUGGCCCUGAGCGAGCUGGCGCUGCUCCGCUGGCUGCAGGAGAGCCGCCACUCGCGGAAGCUCAUCCUGUUCAUCGUGUUCCUCGCGCUGCUGCUGGACAACAUGCUGCUCACCGUCGUGGUUCCCAUCAUCCCCAGUUAUCUGUACAGCAUUGAACAUGAGAAAAAUGAUACCGGCACCCAGACUCCUCAGCCAGUGUUCACAGCCUCCACCCCAGGACGCUUCCAGAGUAUCUUCUCCUACUAUGACAACUCCACCAAGGUCACGGGGAACACCACAGGAGACCUUCACGGGGGGCAGCUGCAUAAGGCCAUCACCACACAGCGUGUGGUGACCAACACGUCUGCUGCCCCUUCCGACUGCCCCAGUGAGGAUAAAGACCUCCUGAAUGAGAACGUGCAGGUUGGCCUGCUGUUUGCCUCCAAAGCCACUGUGCAGCUCUUCACCAACCCUUUCAUCGGACUGUUGACCAAUAGGAUCGGCUAUCCAAUUCCCAUGUUUGCGGGGUUCUGCAUCAUGUUUAUUUCAACAGUUAUGUUCGCCUUUUCUAGCAGCUACGCCUUUCUGCUGAUUGCCAGGUCCCUGCAGGGCAUCGGCUCUUCCUGCUCUUCUGUAGCUGGGAUGGGCAUGCUUGCCAGUGUGUACACAGAUGACGAAGAGAGAGGCAAUGCCAUGGGGAUCGCCUUGGGAGGCCUGGCCAUGGGGGUCCUAGUGGGCCCCCCCUUUGGGAGUGUGCUCUACGAAUUUGUGGGGAAGACGGCUCCCUUCCUGGUGCUGGCUGCCCUGGUGCUCUUGGAUGGAGCUAUUCAACUCUUUGUGCUCCAGCCAUCCCGGGUGCAGCCAGAGAGUCAGAAGGGGACACCCCUAACCACUCUGCUGAAGGACCCCUACAUCCUCAUUGCCGCAGGCUCCAUCUGCUUUGCGAACAUGGGGAUCGCCAUGCUGGAGCCAGCCUUGCCCAUCUGGAUGAUGGAGACCAUGUGUUCCCGGAAGUGGCAACUGGGCAUUGCUUUCUUGCCGGCAAGUAUCUCUUAUCUCAUUGGAACCAAUAUUUUUGGGAUACUUGCACACAAAAUGGGAAGGUGGCUUUGUGCUCUUCUAGGAAUGGUCAUUGUUGGAGUCAGCAUUUUAUGUAUUCCUUUUGCAAAGAACAUUUAUGGGCUCAUCGCACCCAACUUUGGAGUUGGUUUUGCAAUUGGGAUGGUGGACUCGUCGAUGAUGCCCAUCAUGGGCUACCUUGUGGACCUGCGGCACGUGUCUGUCUAUGGGAGUGUGUAUGCCAUCGCAGAUGUGGCAUUUUGUAUGGGGUACGCUAUAGGUCCUUCAGCUGGAGGUGCUAUUGCAAAGGCAAUUGGCUUUCCGUGGCUCAUGACAAUUAUCGGGAUCAUUGAUAUUCUUUUUGCUCCUCUUUGCUUUUUCCUUCGAAGUCCACCUGCCAAGGAAGAAAAAAUGGCUAUUCUCAUGGAUCACAACUGUCCCAUGAAAACAAAAAUGUACACUCAGAAUAGUACCCAGUCAUAUCCCAUAGGAGAUGAUGAAGAAUCUGAAAGUGACUGAGACCCUCAGAAAUCAUCAAAGUGUUUAAUUGUGUAAAAGUGUUUCCAGUGAAAUGACUCAUCCAGAGCUGUCUUAGUCAUACCAUCCAUUCCUGGUGAAAGAGUACAACAACCAAAGGUUAUUAUUUCUUUUCCGUGGUUAUGAUUGACUGCCAACAGCCUUAUAAAGAAAAAGAAGCUUUUCUAGGGGUUUGUAUAAAUAGUGUUGAAAACUUUAUUUUAUGUAUUUGAUUUUAUUAAAUAUCAUACAAUAUAUUUUGAAGAAAUAGGUAUAUUGUAAAUC